AUGAUUGAGUUGGAGGUGUGCAUGGCCACGCAGUCGUGGGUGAACAGGGAGUACAGGAGGGGGCUGAGCACGAACCCUUGUGUGGCCCCUAUGUUGAGGAUCAGUGAAGCGGAGGUGUUGUUUCCUACCUUCACCACCUGGGGUCGGCCCGUCAGGAAGUCCAGGACCCAGUGGCACAGUGCGAGGUUGAGACCCAGGGCCUACACCUUAAUGAUGAACUUGGAGGCCCCCAGAAUCACCUCUGUUCAGCUCUCACCAGUCCAGCCCCCAGAAUCACCUCUGUUCAGCUCUCACCAGUCCAGCCCCCAGAAACACCUCUGUUCAGCUCUCACCAGUCUAUCCCCCAGAAUCACCUCUGUUCAGCUCUCACCAGUCCAGCCCCCAGAAUCACCUCUGUUCAGCUCUCACCAGUCCAGCCCCCAGAAACACCUCUGUUCAGCUCUCACCAGUCCAUCCCCCAGAAUCACCUCUGUUCAGCUCUCACCAGUCCAGCCCCAGAAACACCUCUGUUCAGCUCUCACCACUUCACCAGCAGUCCAGCCCCAGAAACACCUCCUUCAGCUCUCACCAGUCCAGCCCCCAGAAACACCUCUGUUCAGCUCCAGCCUCACACAGUUCAGCUCCCAGCCCCCCCAGAAACACCUCCCUUCAGCUCUCACCAGUCCAGCCCCCAGAAACACCUCCUUCAGCUCUCACCAGUCCAGCCCCAGAAACACCUCCUUCAGCUCUCACCAGUCCACCUCUGUUCAGCCCAGUCCAGCCCCCAAAACACCACCCCAGAAACACCUCCGUUCAGCUCUCACCAGUCCAGCCCCCAGCUCUCACCAGUCCAGCCCCAGAAACCUUUCAGCUCCUCACCAGUCCAGCCCCCAGAAACACUCUCACCAGUCCAGCCCCCAGAAAUACCUCCCUUCAGCCCCAGAAGCACCCCAGAAACACCUUGUUCAGCUCUCACCAGUCCAGCCCCAGAAACCCCCACCUCUCCGUUCAGCUCUCACCAGUCCAGCCCCAAGAAACACCUCUCUCUCACCAGUCCAGCCCCCAGAAACACCUCCGUUCAGCUCUCACCAGUCCAGCCCCAGAAACACCUCCCAGCUCUCAAAGCCCCCACACCUCCUUCAGCUCUCACCAGUCCAGCCCCCAGAAACACCUCCGUUCAGCUCUCACCAGUCCAGCCCCCAGAAACACCUCUGUUCAGCCCUCACCAGUCUCAGCCCCCCAGAAACACCUCCCUUCAGCUCUCACCAGUCCAGCCCCCAGAAACACCUCUCUGAUAGGAGUGGAACCUGCUGUGGUCGUCUGCUGCAACAGCCAAUCCGUGACAAGGACCGACGAGUUGUCCGUUCUGAGAUGCUGUUGUACGGCUCCGUUAUUUGCCGGCCCGCCUACACUGUCGUGCGUGAAAAGCCCAGGAGGAUGGGCGUCUCUGAGAUUCUGGAUCCGGUCCACCUGACACAGACGAUCACACUACGUUCCAAGCCCAGGAGGACGGACGUCUCUGAGAUUCUGGAUCCGUCCCACCUGACACAGACGAUCACACCACGUUCCAAGCCCAGGAGGACGGGCGUCUCUGAGAUUCUGGAUCCGGUCCACCUGACACAGACGAUCACACUACGUUCCAAGCCCAGGAGGACGGGCGUCUCUGAGAUUCUGGAUCCGGUCCACCUGACACAGACGAUCACACCACGUUCCAAGCCCAGGAGGACGGACGUCUCUGAGAUUCUGGAUCCGUUCCGCCUGACACAGACGAUCACACCACGUUCCAAGCCCAGGAGGACGGACGUCUCUGAGAUUCUGGAUCCGGUCUGCCUGACACAGACGAUCACACCACGUUCCAAGCCCAGGAGGACGGGCGUCUCUGAGAUUCUGGAUCCGGUCCGCCUGACACAGACGAUCACACCACGUUCCAAGCCCAGGAGGACGGGCGUCUCUGAGAUUCUGGAUCCGUUCCACCUGACACAGACGAUCACACCACGUUCCAAGUCCAGGAGGACGGGCGUCUCUGAGAUUCUGGAUCCGUUCCGCCUGACACAGACGAUCACACCACGUUCCAAGUCGCUUAGCCCUCACCAGUCAGCCCCCAGAAACACCUCCUUCAGCUCUCACCAGUCCAGCCCCCAGAAACCUCCCUUCAGCUCCUCAGCUCUCACCAGUCCAGCCCCCAGAAACACCUCCCUUCAGCUCUCACCAGUCCAGCCCCCAGAAAUACCUCCCCUUCAGCUCUCACCAGUCAGCCCCAGAAACACCUAUGUUCAGCUCUCACCACUCUCUGCCAGUCCAGCCCCAGAAACACCUCUGUUCAGCUCUCACCAGUCCAGCCCCCAGAAACCUCCCUUCAGCCCUCACCUCUGUUCAGCUCUCACCAGUCCAGCCCCAGAAACACCUCCGUUCAGCUCUCACCAGUCCAGCCCCCAGAAACACCUCCUUUCAGCUUUCACCAGUCCAGCCCCCAGAAACACCUCCGUUCAGCUCUCACCAGUCCAGCCCCCAGAAACACCUUUGUUCAGCUCUCACCAGUCCAGCCCCCAGAAACACCUCCUCCAGCCCCCAGAAACUCUGGUCAGCCCUCACCAGUCCAGCCCCAGAAACACCUCCAUUCAGCUCUCACCAGUCCAGCCCCCAGAACCACCUCCAUUCAGCUCUCACCAGUCUAGCCCCCCAAAACCACCUCCAUUCAGCUCUCACCAGUCCAGCCCCCAGAAACACUCUGCUCCAGCUCUCAGCCAGCCCCAGAACCACCUCCAUUCAGCUCUCACCAGUCCAGCCCCAGAACCACCUCUGUUCAGCUCUCACCACUCUCACCAGUCCAGCCCCCAGAAACACCUCCCUUCAGCUCUCACUCAGUCCAGCCCCCAGAAACACACUCCCUUCAGCUGUCUCCAGUCCAGCCCCCAGAAACCAGCUCUCACCAGUCCAACCCCAGAAACACUCUGUUCAGCUCUCACCAGUCCAGCCCCAGAAACACCUCCGUUCAGCUCUCACCACUCUCACCAGUCCAGCCCCCCAGAAACCUCACAGCUCUCACCAGUCCAGCCCCCAGAAACACCUCUGUUCAGCUCUCACCAGUCCAGAAACACCUCUGUUCAGCUCCCAGAAACAUCUCUGUUCAGCUCUCACCAGCCCCCCCAGAAACACCUCUCAGCUCACCAGUCCAGCCCCAGAAACACCCCUCACCAGUUCAGCUCUCACCAGUCCAGCCCAGAAACACCUCCCUUCAGCUCUCCACUCUCACCAGUCCAGCCCCCAGAAACACCUCUGUUCAGCUCUCACCCAGCCCAGCCUCUGAAACACCCAGCUCUCCACCAGUCCAGCCCCCAGAAAACACCUCUGUUCAGCUCUCACUACUCUCACCAGUCCAGCCCCCAGAAACACCUCCCUUCAGCUCUCCACCAGUCCAGCCCCCAGAAUCACCUCCCAGCUCUCACCAGUCCAGCCCCAGAAACACCUCCUUCAGCUCUCACCAGUCCAGCCCCCAGCUCUCCCAAGCCCCCAGAAACACCUCCCUUCAGCCCUCACCAGUCCAGCCCCAGAAACACCUCCCAGCUUCGCAGUCCAGCCUCUGAGCACCUCCCUUCAGCCUCACCAGUCCAGCCCCAGAAACCUCCUUCAGCCCUCACCAGUCCAGCCCCAGAAACACCUCCUUCAGCUCUCUUAGUCCAGCCCCCAGAAAUACCUCCCUUCAGCUCUCCCAGUCCAGCCCCAUCACCUCUGUUCAGCUCUCACCAGUCCAGCCCCCAGAACACCUCCCUUCAGCUCUUACCAGUCCAGCCCCCAGAAACACCUCCCUUCAGCCCUCACCAGUCCAGCCCCCAGAAACACCUCCCUUCAGCCCUCACCCCAGCCUUCACCAGUCCAGCCCCCAGAAACACCUCCCUUCACCAGUCCCCCCAGAAAUACCUCCCUUCAGCUCACCAGUCCAGCCCCCAGAAACACCUCUGUUCUUCACCAGUCCAGCCCCCAGAAACACCUCCUCAGCUCUUUCAGUCCAGCCCCCAGAAACACCUCUGUUCACCCCCUUCAGCUCUCAGCCAGUCCAGCCCCCAGAAACACUCUGUUCAGCCCUCACCAGUCCAGCCCCAGAAACACCUCCUUCAGCUCUCCAAGUCCAGCCCCCAGAAAUACCUCCAGCCUCCCCAGAAACACCUCCAUUCAGCUUCAGUCCAGCUCUGUUCAGCCCUCCACCAGUCCAGCCCCCAGAAACACCUCCCUUCCAGCUCUCACCAGUCCAGCCCCCAGAAUCACCUCCCUUCAGCUCUCACCAGUCCAGCCCCCAGAAACACUCCCUUCAGCUCCUCACCAGUCCAGCCCCCAGAAACACCUCCCUUCAGCUCUCACCAGUCCAGCCCCCGAAAUACCUCUGUUCAGCUCUCACCAGUCCAGCCCCCAGAAACACCUCUGUUCAGCUCUCCACCAGUCCAGCCUCCAGAAACACCUCCGUUCAGCUCUCACCAGUCCAGCCCCCAGAAACACCUCCGUUCAGCUCUUACUCCCAGCCAGCCCCAGAACACCUCCGUUCAGCUCUCACACCAGUCCAGCCCCAGAAACACUCCCUUCAGCUCACCAGUCCAGCCCCCAGUCACCUCUGUUCAGCUCUCACCAGUCCAGCCCCCAGAAACACCUCUGUUCAGCUCUCACCAUCCAGCCCCCAGAAACACCUCCCUUUCAGCUCUCACCAGUCCAGCCCCAGAAACACCUCCCCUUCAGCCCUCCAGCCCCCAGAAACACCUCCCCUUCAGCUCUCACCAGUCCAGCCCCCAGAAACACCUCCUUCAGCUCUCACCAGUCCAGCCCCAGAAACACCUACCUUCAGCUCUCACCAGUCCACCCCCAGAAACACCUCCCUUCAGCCCUCACAGUCCAUCCCCAAAACACCUCCCUUCAGCUCUCAAAAGUCCAGCCCCCAGAAACACCUCCUUCAGCUCUCACCAGUCCAGCCCCAGAAACACCUUUCAGCUCUCACCAGUCCAGCUCCCAGAAACAUCUACCUUCAGCUCUGUCCAGCCCCAGAAACACCUCUUUCAGCUCAGCCCCCAGAAACACCUCCCCUUCAGCUCUCACCAGCCCAGCCCCCCAGAAAUACCUCCCUUCAGCUCUCACCAGUCCAGCCCCCAGAAGCACCUCAGCUCACAGUCCAGCCCCCAGAAACACCUCUGUUCAGCUCUCACCAGUCCAGCCCCCAGAAACACCUCUGUUCAGCUCUCACCAGUCAGCCCCCAGAAACACCUCCGUUCAGCUCUCACCAGUCCAGCCCCCAGAAACACCUCUUCAGCUCUACAGUCAGCCCCAGAAACACCUCCCUUCAGCUCUCACCAGUCCAGCCCCCAGAAAUACCUCCCUUCAGCUCUCACCACUCUCAGCUCCAGCCUCGGGAGAAACAUCCUCCUUCAGCUCUCACCAGUCCAGCCCCCAGAAACACCUCCCUUCAGCCCUCACCAGUCCAGCCCCAGAAACACCUCCCUUCAGCCCUCACCAGUCCAGCCCCAGAAACACCUCCCUUCAGCUUCAGCUCCCACAAGUACCUCCUUCAGCUCUCAGUCCAGCCCCCAGAAACACACUCUGUUCAGCUCUCCUGAGUCCAGCCCCCAGAAACACACUCUGUUCAGCUCUCAGCCCCACUCUCACCAGUCCAGCCCCCAGAAACACCUCCUUCAGCUCUCACCAGUCAGCCCCCAGAAUCAGCUCUCACCAGUCCAGCCCCCAGAAACACCUCUGUUCAGCUCUCACCAGUCCAGCCCCAGAAACACCUCCCUUCAGCUCUCACCAGUCCAGCCCCCAGAAACACCUCCUUCAGCUCUCACCAGUCCAGCCCCCUUCAGAAACAAAACACCUCCCUUCAGCUCUCACCAGUCCAGCCCCCAGAAACACCUCUGUUCAGCUCUCACCACUCUCACCAGUCCAGCCCCCAGAAACACCUCCUUCAGCUCUCACCAGUCCAGCCCCAAAACACCUCCUUCAGCUUUCACUAGUCCAGCCCCAGAAACACCUCCCUUCAGCUCUCACCAGUCCAGCCCUCAGAAACACUUCCUUCAGCUCUCACCCAUCCAGCCCCUAGAAACACCUCCCUUCAGCUCUCACCAGUCCAGCCAGAAACACCUCCCUUCAGCUCUUACCAGUCCAGCCCCCAGAAACACCUGUUCAGCCCUCACUAGUCCAGCCCCCAGAAACACCUCCCUUCAGCUCUCACAGUCCAGCCCCAGAAACCUCCCUUCAGCCCUCACCAGUCAGCCCCAGAAACACCUCCCUUCCAGCUCUCCCAGUCCAGCCCCAGAAAUACCUCCCUUCAGCACUCACCAGUCCAGCCCCCUAGAAAUACCUAUGUUCAGCUCUCACCAGUCCAGCCCCCAGAAACACUCUGUUCAGUUCUCACCAGUCCAGCCCCCAGGAAACACCUCACUCUCACCAGCCAGCCCCCAGAAACACACUCCCUUCAGCUCUCCACCAGUCCAGCCCCCCAGUAACACCUCCAGCUUCAGCUCACUCACCAGUCCAGCCCCAGAAACACCUCCCUUCAGCUCUCACCAGUCCAGCCCCCAGAAACACAGCUCUCCUCCCAGUUCUGUUCAGCUCUCACCAGUUCAGCCCCCAGAAACACCUCCCUUCAGCUCUCACCAGUCCAGCCACCAGAAACACCUCCGUUCAGCUCUCACCAGUCCAGCCCCCACCCCCAGAAACAACUCCUUCAGCUCUCACCCAGGCCAGCCCCAGAAACACCUCCCUUCAGCUCUCCUGCACUCCAGCCCCCAGUCCAACACCUCUGUUCAGCACUCACCAGUCCAGCCCCCAGAAACACCUCCGUUCAGCUCUCACCAGUCCAGCCCGAGAAACACCUCUCCCUCACCAGUCCAGCCCCCAGAAACACCUCCCUUCAGCUCUCACCAGUCCAGCCCCCAGAAACACCUCCCAGCUUUCACCAGUCAGCUCUCCCCUUCAGCUCUCACCAGUCCAGCCCCCAGAAACACCUCCCUUCAGCUCUCACCAGUCCAGCCCCAGAAACACCUCUGUAGCUCUCACCAGUCAGCCACAGAAACACCUCCCUUCAGCUCUUACCAGUCCAGCCCCAGAAACACCUCUCUCUCACCAGUCCAGCCCCCAGAAACACCUCCGUUCAGCUCUCACCAGUCCCGCCCCAAAACACCUCCGUUCAGCUCUCACCAGCUCUCACCAGUCCAGCCCCCAGAAACACCUCCCUUCAGCUCUCACCAGUCCAGCCCCCAGAAACACCUUCAGCUCUCAUCAGUCCAGCUCCAGAAACACCUCCCUUCAGCUCUCACCAGUCCAGCCCCAGAAACACCUCACUUCAGCUCUCACCAGUCCAGCCCCCAGAAACACCUCCGUUCAGCCCUCUCUGACCAGUCCAGCCCCCAGAAACACCUCCUUCAGCUCUCACCAUCCAGCCCCCAGAAACACCUCCGUUCAGCUCUCACCAGUCCAGCCCCAGAAACACCUCUGUUCAGCUCUCUGUCAGCCCCCAGUCCAGCUCUCACCUGUCUAGCCCCAGAAACACCUCCCUUCAGCUCUCACCAGUCCAGCCCCCAGAAACACCUCUGUUCAGCUCUCACCACUCUCACCAGUCCAGCCCCAGAAACACCUCCGUUCAGCUCUCACCAGUCCAGCCCCCAGCUCUCCAAGGCCACACCUCCGUUCAGCUCACCAGUCCAGCCCCCAGAAACACCUCCCUUCAGCUCUCACCACUCUCACCAGUCCAGCCCCCAGAAACACCUUUGUUCAGCUCUCACCAGUCCAGCCCCCAGAAACACCUCCGUGAGUCACCGUCACUUCUCCUGGUCCUCCGCUGCAUCCUUCUCCUCUCCGUGA